AUGCGAGAACUUAAUGUGAAAAUAAAAACAAGUAAAAAUAUAGUUAAAAAUAAAAAGCAAAUUUUAGAAGUACUCUCAGAAUUAAAUGAAGGAAUACAAGAGGCAACCGAUAAGAUCGAAGAGUUUCGAGAUAAGGUGGAAGAGUUUCUCUUUUUACUUACAAAUGAGAUGAAAUCGAUCGCUCAAGAAUUAGAACAAUCAUGGAUAUCAAUCAUUAUCGAAUAUUUUAUUAAAUCAAGUUUGACAGACUUUAUUCAUAAGCGACUCGAAAAGAUAGAAAAUGAGAUACCUGGACUUCUGGAGCAACUUCGCCGAGUUCUUACCUCUAUAUAUUCAGUACAAAAUAUUGCGGAUAAUGCGCAAGAGUAUCUGACUUAUGGAGAACAUGAGGCCGGUCAAGCCUUAAAAGAACACUCGAUAGGUAAUAUUGUUGAUUUUCCAGCGCGAAAGCAAUUAAUGAGCGAACUUGCAGAGAUUCGACUUAUAAUUAAAAAGCUGAAAGAUAUAACACCAGAUCUUCAAAAUUUCGAAAACUUUUUAAAAGCGUAUCGUCGCAAUAUACAAGUUGUCGAAGAAGAAGUAAAACAAAUUCAACAAAAACUACACGUAACAGCGGAAGGCAUGAUAUAUUUGAAAAAAGCAGCUAAAACCCUUGAAGAACGACAUGCGCAAGUUUCUUUAGCAAAGAAACAACCUGGAUAUAAAUCCACGGAUGCUUAUAAUAAUGAAUUUCAUAAAGAAUUGCAGGCGAUUGAAGAGGAACACACACGAUUAUCUUUAGAAGGAUAUAAGCCCAUGGGUACUUACUCUAUAUCUGCAUAUUUGAAAAAGAUAGCCAAAUUGAUAUUAGAGCCCUUUUAUUUCAUCAUGUAUUACCUGAAAGAAUUGACACAGAUCAUAUUCCACUUUAAUCCUAUCAAAACCGAAAUUGAUGGUUUGUAA